ACCGUGUGUGCGCUUUCGAAUUGAAUUUCCAUUUUCCGUUUCGCAAUUUCAAAUUUUAUUUCCUGUGUGUAUUUUUCCGGUACUUAGUUCAAGUUUGAUCCUAUGACUUCCGCAUUCAGUUCCAGCGAUGCCGCUGCCAUCAAACGACAAGUGGACCAGUCCGAAUGUGAGGAUCAGACCGAACAUGUUACGCUGGAAAGUUUUUGGCUGCCGGAAACUCUUGAACAGUGUGCCAGUUGGAUCCGAGACAAUCAGUUUUUGAAGGUAUGCCUACAAUUCCCGGAUAGUCUGCUGGUGUUCAGCUCGAUCGUUAGCAGCCAGCUUCAGGAACAUGUUCCGGUCGGUACAGGAAUUUUCAUUCUGGGAGACACUUCCUAUGGGAGCUGUUGUGUCGAUGAGGUCGCUGCGUCCCAUGUUGGGGCCGAUGCUGUAAUUCAUUUCGGUCACGCUUGCCUAAGCCGUUCGGUGAGACUUCCUACAAGGUACGUUUUUCUGCGGUAUAGAAUCAAUUGGGAUCAAUUCCAGACUGCUGUGAAAGCUGAAUUCACCGACACUCAAAAGAAGUUGGCAAUUUUUUAUGACGUCGGAUAUACUUAUUGCAUUGAUAAGAUAACCAAAAGCUUAAAGGAAAAAUACCAUAAUCUCUCCGUCGGUCAGCUGGCUGAAAAUGGAACCCAGCCGGAUCUGUUAUGCUGGAAGCUUGAUGGACAAACCUUUGAGGACAGUUCAGCAAUUUAUGUUGGAAAAGAUAAUCAAAGUUUCUUCAACACCUCAAAUGGAAUUAAAACGGAACAGUGGUAUCGAUUUGAUCCUACGGAAAGCAAGCUGAACCCAGCCGACCCCUUAGAUUCCAAAUGGCUUCGAAGACGAUGGUACUACAUCGAAAAAUGUAAAGACGCCACUUCCCUAGGUAUUGUAGUGGCCACUUUAACGGCAAACGGGUACCUGGACGUGGUCAGUCGAAUCCAACAAAUGGCUAAAGCUCGAGGAGUUCGAUCCUACAUCAUUUCCGUAGGAAAAAUCAACCCCGCCAAGCUGGCAAACUUCAUGGAAAUCGAUUGCUUCGUCCUCGUUGGUUGUCCGGAGAACAAUCUAUUCAAUUCCCGGGACUUUUUCAAACCACUCGUGUCCGUAUUCGAAUGCGAGCUGGCUUUCAAUCCGGCUUGGACCGGCCAGUUUCCGGCGAGCUAUAGUGCCGACUUUAGUGAUGUCCUCCCGACUGGAAGAUUGCACAAAACUUUUGAACCGGAAACCGACCCUAACGCAUUACCGGAUGUCAGUUUGGUCACCGGGAAGGUUCGGAACGUGGUUUCUGUUCAUAAGGAAGAAGAAACAGAAGUGGUCAACGGUUGUCGGGAGCUGCUGUUGAGAGGUAAGAAUGAGGUGGCACAAGUAAGUUCCGGGGACGCUUUCCAGGACCGAAGUUGGCAAGGAUUGGAGCAGAAUUUAGGGAAGGAUGCGCCGGCUUUAGUUGAGGAAGGUCGCAGUGGGAUUCCCAUUAAAUAUGAAAAUGAUCUUUAAGAUGUUACAUUUUAAGUGAUAGAAAGAUGGCUUAUAUUUGGAUAAAUUGUGUUUUAUCUACUGAAAA